AUGGGCAGCAAGAAACGCAAGGAGUCGUUCGGUGCGACGGACGAGACCUCGAAGAAGGGCAAGAAGUCAAAGCCGGCAGACAAGAAGAACGAUACAAAGACGGAAGACGGCGAUGGUACCGCACCUGCCAUCGACCCAGACAAAUCCUCGAACAUGCUGUCUGACCUGAUUCCAGAGUCUGCCGCCAUAGACAAGUCAACUGUUGUGAAGUCAAAGCAGGCUCGAAAACGGGCAGCGGACUUCAUGGAUGGAGAUGAAGCUGCGGACUCCGACGGUGGCGUCAAGCUCCUAGAGAACGAACCUGCCCAGAUCUCCGACGAACCUGCCAAGAAGAAGGCUAAGAAGAGCAAGAAAACCAAAAAGAGCGAGGAUGGCGAACCACUUACAGCAGACGGCGUUAAUGGUGUGAUUGAGCAUACGGGAGAAGAAGAGCUUGAGACUGCAACCAAGCACCAGCCGGUUUCGACUUCAAUGCAGGCCGAAGCAGAACGCACCGUUGAUCACGAGCUCGAAGAUGGUUUCGGUGGCUUUGCAAGCGAAGCCGAUGAGGACGACGACCAGGUUGAGGCGGACGACAAUGCUGCCGCAUUGCUUACCGGGUUCGACUCGGACACAGAAGACAAGCAAGGAGACGAAGGUCUUGACCUCUCCAAGAUCCCGGCGCUGCCCAAAUCCAAGAAGCUCCAGAAGAAGCUUGACAAGGCCAAGGCCAAAGGAGGCGACGAAGGCCCUGGUACCGUGUAUGUGGGCCGCAUCCCCCACGGCUUCUACGAGAAGGAGAUGAGGGCAUACUUUUCCCAAUUCGGCGAGAUAACUCGACUACGACUCUCACGAAACAAGAAGACCGGCGCUUCGAAGCACUUUGCAUUCAUUGAAUUCGCCCACGAUUCGGUCGCGAAGAUAGCUGCCGAAGCCAUGGACAACUACCUCAUGUUCGGCCACAUCCUGAAGUGCAAAUACGCCGAGCCUGGCUCUCUGCACCCGGACGUGUGGAAAGGUGCCAACAAGAAGUUCCGUAAGAUUCCACACGAGAAACUUGAGCGGGAGCGUCUUGCUGCACCCAAGACCGAAGAGCAAUGGCAAAAGAAGGUCGACAAGGAACAACGGAAACGCGACAAGAAGGCUGAAAAGAUGAAGGCAAUCGGUCUGGAGAUGCCGCUUUCAACCUUGACCAGUCCAUCAGCUGCUCUAAAGGAAAGGCUGGCCGACCAAGGUGUGCCGCAGCAAAUCGAAGACGGGAAUACUGGUCCCACUGGCGCCAUAGAGCCCCCUGCGGAUGUGCCCAAAGACGAGGUGGCCACAAAAGAAGGCAAGAAGUCGAAGAAGGAGAAAAAGAGCAAGAAAGAGGCGAGGGACGAAGUUGCGCCCAUUCCCGACUCGAAUCCUUCCGUGGAAGCCAGUCUGGUGGACGCCGAGGCCAAGAAGGAAAAGAAGAGCAAGAAAGAGAAGAAGAGCGAUCCCCAAACUGUUCCUGACGCAAACCCGGCCCCUGUAUCCAGCGUGGUGAAUGGCGAGUCCAAGAAAGAGAAGAAGAGCAAGAAAGGAAAGAAGAAUGAAGGUGCUGCUGUGCCUAUCUCCGAUCCAUCUGAAAAGUCCGCCAAAGCCACAACUAAGAAAGCGGCUGAAGUAAAGGACGCUGAAGCCGAGCCUCAACCGCGAGCCAUGGAGGUCGACGCACCCGUCUCCACGACCGACGCGACGAGCCACGACGCAGCAACAGAUCCCAAUCAAACGGGCCUGACCAAGGCCGAGAAAAAGAAGCUGACGAAAGCAGAGAAAAAGGCACUCAAUGCCGACAGGAAGGCCUUGCAGGCGGAGAAGAAAGCACUGCACAAGGCGCAGAAGUCAGUCAACAAGCCCACCGAUAUCCCCGAACCCGCUGAUAUUGGUGACGCAGAUGAACAAGCUGAAGAGGGACCGACCCCACUGCCAGACGCCAACGCAGAGCUCUCGGCCGAUUUCAUCUCCCUCGGCCAGUUCGACGACACGGAGGGCAAGGUCGCACAACCUCACAACGGCGGCGAGGGCCGGUUGAAGCCCUUGAAAGUCAAGAAGCCGAAGAAGGAGCGUAAGAAUCUGGUCAAGGCGCGGGGGCCCAAGUCGAAACUGGUGGCCACCAAGCCAAAGCCCGAUCCGAACGCCCAGAGCAAAAUCCCCGGCUUGCCGUGA